AUGUCGAUCAAAAAUAACCUCCGAAAUAAAUACCUACUUUCACCGAUGGAAGACGAAACCAAUGGAAACACUAACGUCGGUGAAGACCAAAAGAAAGCUCCUUUCGUGAGCAAAGAGAGACUAAAUUUGGAAAUGAGCGAACUUGGAAAGCCAGUUAUCUCUCGAGCCACCGGUUUGUUCGAAGCUGUGCGCGAUGGUAUAGUAAACGUUGUCAGUGAACAGCUCAGCCGAAAGGGAAAUGCCAAAACUAUUGAUAAAUUAGAUCAGUCGGGACUUGCGAUGCUCCAUCAUGCAGCACGUUAUGAUCGAGUUCACGUGGCUAAAUCGUUGCUGGAGCACCACGCACGUAUCGAUGUUCUAACCAGAGAAGAAAACCUUACACCGCUUCACAUCGCUGCAAGGUAAGUUUCCUUUUCAUUUGCAAGAGUAUUUGAUGAAUAAUUUUAUGUGUCUUGCAAACUGUUCAGAAUUAUUCAUUUCUGUAAUUUGAGAAAGUAAGCACUGCAGGGUUUUUUUUUUAAAUUUCAAAUGAGGUCACGCAUUUUAUGAAAAGUAGAUGUGGAUUUGCGAUUCUUAUCAGCAUCGAAAGCAUACAAGUUAAAUCGCAAAAUGCACUAAGCAUAUUACUUUAUUCCCAAUGUCUAUCUUUUAUCCAAGAAAGCUCACAUUUAUAAUGCACGCAAGAAACAAUUAGAAGACCCGAAAUUUAUGAAAACAAAUUAGUUUCCACUUGAGGUAUUGUUGACACGUUUUCGACCAACUUGAAGUGAAUGUGCAGCGUUCCAACUUCCUCAGAUGCAUCCUUGACGACAGCAUUUCGCUGUCAAAUACUGGUUGUUGAAAGCAAUAAAUAUAGACGAAAUUUGCGGCGAUCACAAAAGAACUACUUUAAUUUCAUGCGUUUUAAGUUUAUGGACAGAUUAAGCCGGGGAACAAGUACAACGAUGGCUACUUAAAAAAAUGCUCAUUUGUAUUAUCAACGAUCAUUAAUAGUAUUUAAGAAGGUAGAUACUAGAGAACAUGAAUUCCUGCGUUAAAAAAAAAACAAAGCAAAAAAACAUUGAGACAGUCAAACAAAGCGAAGCACUGGAGCGGAGAAGUUCACAGAGGGAAAAGAAUUCCAUUUACAUCCAGAGUGGAAAUAUUGCCAAAAUCUGUUUGCACAUUCGUUUUAAGGAACACUUUGUAGUCGUUUGAACUACAAGUGGAAAAUUUCAAGACGAUUUCAGAUUUUGAUUUGAUUGUUUUUAGUGCGAUGCUAUGCUUGGAGCCUUCAGACGAGACACUUACCUCGACUGCAUUCCAGGCUAUUGAUCUGAUUUUGGUAUUUCGACAAUUGAAAGUUUAUAAUAAAUUUGCCCUCUGGACGUAACGGUAUUGACAAUUGUACAGCUUGUAUGGUCUACUUGUUCGAAAUUUAUGAACAGUUCGGUUCUGCGUCUUAGAUAACUUAGGUCCCAACGACGUAAUUAGUAUCUCCUACGGGAUUAGAAUCUUCGUAUGUUAUAGUGACAGUUCCUUCUGGGGGACUACUUAUAUAACAACCCUGUCCACAAAAAUUGUCAUCUCUCCUGCAUAGAUUCAAUGGCAUGGCAACCGUUCAGUUGUUGAUUGAAAGAGGUGCCAAUCCCGCUUUAGCAUCAAAAAAUGGUAACACGGCGUUACACUUCGCAGCACGCCGGGGGAAUGAUCAGGUGGCAAAGCUUUUAUUACGUCAUGCCAAAGUUGACGUCAAUUCGAAGGACUCCUCUCAUAUGACUCCACUACACUUGGCCUGUGUUAGUGGAAACAUGGCCAUUUCAAAGAUGCUUCUUGAAGAGGGGGCAGAUAUACGGGCUAAAUCGACGGAGCUAAUGACCCCUCUUCAUACUGCAGUGUACAAUGGCAACUCCGCAAUAGCUUCUCUUAUUUUGCAAACCGGUGAGUAGAAAACAGCAACGGCUUUGCGACGGAUAGACUGAUAUGAAGAGUCUGCGUUCCUUAGGCUAUAUUUACUGACACACAUACUCGAUAAACAUUCCAUUUACUUUUUCAAGUCUAGUGUCUUAAAAACAUCUUGUAGGUGACAAGCAAAUUUUUUUUCAAGAAGUAAACUAACAUAGCAAGAUCGUUCACUCAAUUUACAAUUUACAGCAAUUGGUGAACAAAACCCACACGCACACACAAAAUUAACUCGACUCGACAUCUCGCUAAAAAGGCCAUUUCACAAAAAUUCCUUCGGUGCUUAUUUCAUCUUCCAUUGUAAUAAACCAUUCCAUGGUUUGAUCAGAAAGCUACACUCUCAUCCCAGAAUCAAAUCCAUUUUUUUUUUUACUGCAAGCGAUAAAGCUGCAGACCUAAAGAGGAUAUUUACGAUUUGAAAUUGAGCAAACAGAUGACAAUAAACGAUAUGCGAUUAACUUCCUCUUUUAAGUAUGCGAAUCAUUCUCAUUGAAACGUAUUUCUUUCAGCCACUGAGAGGAGACAAAAUAUCACUGAGCUUGUGGAAGACCGAGAUAUAAAUAAUAACACAGUCUUACAUCUAGCAGCUGGAGCAAAUGAUCUCAAAACAGGGAUGGUGUGUCUGCAAAAUGGGGCAGACAUAAACGCGCUCAAAUCGAAUAAUGAGACAUCUUUGUACGUGGCAACAGUGAAAGGAAACUUGCAGAUGGUAAAAUUAUUGUUACAGAAAGGAGCUGAUGUAAACAUUAAAAAUGCUGACUCCAAAACUGUUCUUCACAGGUAAACAGAUAAUUUCUCUUAACUGAGUCUUUGGAGUAUCCCAUGAAAUGUUUAUCUCAAGCCGUCUUACAUGAAAUUGACAUCUCGAAAGUGUAAUCUUUGGAGGUUCCUGAACCGCAAUUUAGUUAUGAGCACAAUGAACUGUCCAAUGUGCUUUUUUCUCAUCUCUUCUUGUUUGUUGCGCUUGUAUAUCCAUGCCAUUUCCACGCGUAAUUUGCGAUGACGACUCGAUCACCUAAUCUUCCUAAUCAUAAAAGUAGCCUGUAAUCUGGUUUUAAGAGACUUUUCUGCCGGAUGGGAAAGUUUGUCAUCUAGCUUCGCAAGACCUUCAACUGCACCUAAAUUAAGUAACUUCAAAAAUUGUAAAUUCUACAAUUUCCAUUCCUUGUUUCGAUUUCAUUUCACGUCCAUAUUAGUAACUGAAAAGAUUUAGGGUCAAGUGAUUGUUCAAUGCAAAAUUGCUUUUAAAAGGAAGAAUAUUUGUGUCCAAUUACUUUUUUAGUGCGGCUGUGUUCAACCGUGAUGACAUCAUUUCCUUUCUUCUCGAUAACGGAGUAGGUUUUGACACACGUGAUGCACAAAGCAAUACGCCUUUCCUAGAUGCAGUAGCGGCUGGUCAGACAAGGUGUGCUCGAGUGCUUCUCCAAAGGGGAGCUGACGUCAAAGCAUCUGACAUCUUCAUGAAGAACUGUAUUCACCUGGCAGUGGAGAACGAAAAUUUGGAAACACUUCAAAUGCUCCUGGAGGAAAAUUCUGUUUUAUCCAACCUUUACAGGCCAGAUGUCAACGAGAGAGUUCCGUUGCAUUAUGCAGCUACGGUUAAAGACAUCAGGGUAUGAAUGGCAAUUGUUAUCCAGUUAUUCUUUUAAUUAUCAAUCGUGGGCUACUUUUUGAGAGGCCAAAUUAGAAAAAAGAUACACGUGAAAGCAAGUCUCAUUGUAGUCCUUCCGGCUUACCAUGUCAGUGGGACAAACGGGAACAAAUUUAAAUCAGAGAGAAUUAAGUCUUAAAACUGCGAUGAAAUUGUACUCACUUUUCUUCAAACCAGAUAAUGGGUGCACUUUUGGACAAACAAACACGGUUCACUUUCCACGAUGAAACCCAGCAAACUCCCCUCCACCUUGCUGCUCAGUAUGGAAUGUAUGAACAGGUGGAAGCACUGGCUCGUCGAAUAGCCUCUGGACUGAAUGACCGGGACGAAAAAGGAAGAACCCCACUUCAUUAUGCAGUCAUGAGUGGUCACAGGUAAAAAAAAAAAAAAAAAAGAAAAAAAAAGGUAAAAACAUGCCCGAUUGUUGGGAAGCGAUGUGGCUAGAGUUAGAGCACAAUAUCUUGAUGUGGAAUUCUCACCUGUUUCUAUACAAUAUCGACCAUUUAAUCUGUCAUUCCAAACAGUUAAUCAACUUAUCCACUUUCUUUUGGACUCUUUCUUGUUUCAUGGAGACAAAAUUAUCUGUGGAGAAAAACCUCUUCAUAAAAAAAAGGAGUUGUUGGAUUUUUACUUACACAUUUCACCUCGUAACUCCAUGCUAUCUCUGGAAUUUGUAUUUGACAAAUAGCCUUUGUCUUAUUUUAAUGCAGGAAAGUUUGUCACACUUUGUUGAAACUUGGAGCGGACGUUAGCACCAAAGACAACGACUCCUGGACACCAUUGAUGUGGGCAUCAAGCCUGGGCUGGGCAAAAUCAUGUCAAGCAUUGCUCGAUAUGCAAGCAUCUCCGGAUGACGUCAACAGUGAGGGUGACACUGCAUUGCAUAUUGCUUGUAAACAAGGUCACAUCGGCAUUGUAAACUUGCUGAUGGAAAAUGAGGCAAAUUUAACUGUUUGCAACACCCAGGGGCUCACGUGUUUAGAAGUUGCAGUUCGAACAGGGAACAGCGAUGUAGCCAUGGCUAUGGUAAAAAACUCAAGGUAUGCUCUUUCCAUUUGCGCUUACAAUCAUAACCUAUUGCUCUUCUCUAGGUAUAAACCUUUGGGAUUUCUUUAAGUGUAAGUUAUGCUUAUCUAAUCGUCUAAGUGGGAAGUUUAGAGAGUAUUAAUGAUCUAGCAGUCGUGAGGGAGUCUUGGUGUUCACACACUCGAGUGGGUUUCUUAUGCGAAAGCGAUCACCGUGUAGAACUUAAAGGCAGAAUUUUGGAGCAUCAACAUCGACUUUUUUGAUAAUUGAUAUCGAUAAAAAUAGUUCUUUUCCACCAAGGAACAAUCCUGCUUAAUUUCACUUCUAUGUUGGGUAAUUUUCCCAUCUGACAACUGAGAAAUAAACUUUGUGCAUUUUAUUUUAAUCUAUUUACAAGCGAAGCUAAAGAAGAACUGACUAGACUUGCAUAAAUUUGCGACUUUCACAGAUGGUCAGAAAUAAUGAAGCAUAAGGACAUGCAGGGCCAUACACCAAUGAGGCUGCUGAUAGAGCACUUCCCAGACAGUGCAGAGCUGCUGAUGGACAGAUGUAUCGCGCGAUCGGAAAUGACAAACACAAAUGAUCCGCAGUUCUCUGUUACCUAUGACUUUCGCCUCCUUGACCCGGGUCCGGAUGAUCCGGCUUUUGUGCACGGGAGACGUUUUUUCGGACCCAUCACCAUGGUGAAACAUGAACAAAAGAAACUGCUUCUUCACCCACUAACACAGGCGCUCUUGAAUCAAAAGUGGUCAAAAUUUGGUCGAUUCAUAUACUACUUAAACUUUUUUUCAUAUUUGAUCUUUGUUGGUCUCUACUCGGCUUUCAUCAUUAACGUAAGGGAAUUGCAGACGUUUUCAAACGUCGAAGUUUGCGAUGAAGAUGAGGAAUCUAGUGGAGAUUUUUAUUGUGAACCGGCGUCGGAUAUUUAUGACACAGUGACGGAUUUCAGCAAAGGAUUCUCAUAUGUAGUAUUUGGUAUUGCAGUUGUCCAUCUUGUAAAAGAGAUUUUACAGAUUCUGAUACAGAGAUUUAGGUACUUCACGGAUUUAAGCAAUCUACUGGAAUGGGCGCUGUACGGGACUACCUUCGCUUUCCUGUUGCCAUAUGUCUUGCCCGAUAAAGUCAUCGAUGAUUGGUUCAGGAAAAUGACAGAUCCUUUCCUUAUUUGGCAAGUUGGCGUCACCUCAAUAUUCCUCUGUUACGCAAACUUGGUUUUGUUUCUCCGUCGGUUUCGUAUGUUUGGAAUUUACGUCACCAUGUUUGUGGAGGUCACAAAGACAGUUUUUAAAGUCCUACUGGUCUUCCUCAUCUUUAUCUUUGGUUUUACAAUUGUUUUCUACGUCCUCUUCAAAGAACUGGUAAGAUAAUGCAACACAAACUGAUGACAUUUUUAUUGAGUAAUAAAAAGCCAAAGUCAGAGAAAUCAAAGAAAGCGAAAAAAAAAACCGCAAAGGGACGAAUAGAACUUAAAAUUCACACAGGCAAAACUAAGAGCCUGUAGGACGAAAAUGUGCUAGUUAUCAAGAGAUAAAUGGCUCUCGCUUUGUAUCCGAUUGUCUGGGAGUUGCUUGAAGUUAUUACCUCACUCACUCACUGAUUGAUUCACUCACUCAUCCACUAAUUCACUCACUGAUUUGUUCAUUGAUUGAUUGACUGAUUGACUGAUUGAUUAACUGACUGAUUUAUUCAUUCAAUCAUCAUCCCUCAUUCACCCUUUUUAAACACUUGAAGCCUUUCAAUCGUUCAUUCCUCUGUCAUUAAUUCAGUCACUCAUAAUCCCGCGCUUUCGUUAUUCAAUUUAUCUAUUUAACGAAGUAUUUCAUUUUCGACUUUCUUUUCACAUUAUCUCUCUAUCCAUUUAUGUAUUUAUUUAUUCAUUCAUCUAAUAUAUACUCAUUUUCUUGCCACAGGAUUCUUUUAAAAAUCCAGGUAUCGCCUUCAUAAAGGUGAUAGUGAUGAUGAUUGGAGAGCUUGAAUUCGAUGACACCUUCGUUGAGACUAUUGGGAAAAAUACCACGACUGGGGCACGAAAGAAUCCCUUUCCUGAAACUUCCUUUAUAUUCCUAACUUUAUUUCUGUUUCUAAUGGGCAUCGUUUUGAUGAACCUGUUGGUACGUCUUACUUUCUUUUAAUGUCAGUUUUGAAAAUCAUUUUAUUUUUUCCAUUUUUUUUUUCACUUCAGUUUCCUUUGACAAUUUCUUAGUAAAAUGAAAAUUAAAGCGAUAAAAUCAAUGAGCGCUUGUUUGAAUCAACGAGCAUAGAUAUCUAUAAAGCAACCCGCAAAAUUAAAGGCCUUAAACUAAGACUCGAAAGAACUUUAUAUUAACUAAAUGUGAUGUUUCCAAAGUCUUUAAAUCACUAGAAUCAGAAAAGAGCUGUUAAAGUUUUACUCGUUAGAACAAUCCAUUACUCGAGCUUCAGUGGCGCAGAGUACAAAGUACAGUGAGACUUUCAUAGCCUUUACACUUUACCCUUUUACGAUUCAUAAAAAAAAGAAGAUAAUAAAUUGGCGAUGAUGUGUAUCUAUUUUACCGUCAACCCGUGUACUUAUCUAGCUCCUAAGUAAGACAUCCUCGUGGAUUUUUCCCCUGCACUUCUACCACAGUGGUCGAUUCAGUUUUGGCUUCCAGGCUGAAGAUGGAAAAAGUCCAACUCUUCCUUGCGUUUUGCUGCUAUAACUUUAUGUAUGCGAUCAAAAUUCGUGGAUUUUUGUGAUAUAUGUGUAUUUUUUCGUUCAGGUUGGUCUUGCUGUGGGAGAUAUUGAUACCAUUCAACAGAGUGCCACUCUAAAAAGGUUGGCCAUGCAAGUUGAGUUUGUAGCAGAGAUUGAGCAGAGCUAUCCACGGUUCUUCACACGGCAACUAUACCAUCCAACUGUAAUUUUGAGACCUAAUCGAUCCAGUCGCUUGAGAAGGUAUGAGCAAUCACUCGAACAAUCUCGUACGCUCCGACAAAUAGAAAAAAGGUUAAGAUUAAUCCUGGAAAAUUCAAAUUUUUCUCAUCGAACCCUCGGGAGACAUUGACAUUAAACUAUCCCAUAACUACAAUAUCAGCUCAACUAACUUGAAGCUAUAGGUUAUGUGUGUGACAUUGACAAUGACACCUGUUUGACUUCCACCACCAAGUUUAGUAUUCUAUGCUAGCACUGUGUUCACUCGUUCAAAUUAAUAGUAAAUGACCGAGGAAAGUUUUCUGUAUUUAUAAUUGUGAAGCUUCUCGCGUGUUUUUCUUCUAAGAAAUACAAAUACCGCAAUUUCAGGUUAAUGGCUCUCCUUGGGUUUACAAGGUAUGCAAAACCUACCCGUGGCCCUCCUGAUAACGAAGAAGAAUCUAAGGCCUCCGAGUAUACUGAAGUACGGAAGCAGCUCGACAAAACUAAAAAACGCGUCAAGGCGUUGGUAAAUGUGAUUGAGGUUCAGAACGCAUUAUUGCGACGAUUGGCCAUAAAGAUUGAUCCCGAUGCUGAGAUGGAAAUAGAUGAGAUUAGACCCACUCUGGGUGACGAGCGGGUAGCGUUAGGCGAGGAUAUGUUCGAUGGACAGCCGCCAAAUGAGACCACCACUGAAACUCCCCAUUUUGAGUCACACAUAACGGCUUGCUGAUACUUUCAACUGCUCGCUCAAAUUUGCACCACUUGACAGGUCUCGUGGGUAUGUUCACUUGCAAAAUCGGUGCCGUAAUUGGAUUUGUGCAACUUGAGUAAACAUAAUAUUCAGCAAUUUUGACUAAUCAAAAACUCUUCUGUUGGCUCACAUGUUAAGGUUAAUCAUCUGCUACUUGCAAUGUCGUUUAAAGAAAUAAUUGAAGUACUGGCUUGGUCAAAGAAAGAAGAGUAUCCAUGUAUAAAAAAGGCCUCAAGAGAACAAGGCAGAGACCUAGGAAUGAACUGAAAGAAGAAUUGUUUAGAUCGUUAUUUUAAUUCUUCCCACUGUUAUGACCACGUCGAGCUUCAUAUCCGUCUGACUGGCACAGAUGUUUAAACCGCUCCAAAUGUUUCCCGCGAAAUAUUUUCCUAGGAUAAAAAUACAAUUUUUUUGGCUGAGACGAAACGCCGCGACAAACUAACAACGAAGUAAUUUUUUUACAAGUAUUUGACAAUUACUAUUGUAUAAAAAAGGCAAUUAUUUUAUAACAUCGCGCUUGGAAAUGGUUCUUCAGUAAAGCACAUAGACAAAGCUGCUAGUGCUCACCUUGUAUUCUCAAACUGGUUGUGAAUAAUCAGUAAGUCGAAAUUACCCCUUUUAUGUUUAUUAUUGACUAUUAUUGGUUGACUUAUAGUUUAGUUUUCAUUGAUAAAUACAAAUUUUGUACUUUGAUAAUCUACUAAACAGGGAUGAUGUACGAUGUUAACAAAAGUCAGUGUCAUCGUGAAACAAAGCUUUAUUUUUAUUAAAUUGGCUUUUCUCCGUUGUCAAAAAGGAAAAUGUCCCUGUGAUAUCUAUUUUUUUAGAGUAAAAGUGCUAAAUAGAGUGAUUUGAAGGUGGGCGAUUAUUACCAAGCCUAUGUUUUAAACCUUUUAUACUACACAGGUAGCUAGUGCUUUUUGCGCGCGCUGAUUGGCUAAUUCGGAAGUAAAUAGCAAGUACUUUUCGCCUCCGAGCAGCCGAAGAAAUAUAAUAGUGCGUCAAGAGUUUCAAUUCCGACCAUUUUUCGGUAUAUUGAACGACAUAAACUAUUUUUAGGUAUUUGUGUGGUAUAUACUAAAACAGUUAAAACCUGAGUGUCGGUAAAAGAGGUGAAUAUCCACAAUUUUUUACCUCCACUUUGGUAAUAAUUGUUAAUUUUAUCAGUGCUGGGAUGAAGCAUGUUUGCAGUUAGCUAUUUUUCCUUUUUUUUAUAAAUUAUCCCUUUGUUAAAUCGUUUUGUAGAAAAAGAAGGGCUAAGGCUAAUUUAAAUAAAAGCGAUUAAUUCCCCUGGUUCUGUCUACUUGUUUGUUAGUUGGUUGGUUUGUUUAUUUGUUUUUAUGACUGUUUCCUGUCGCCCGGCUGUUGCUACGUAAUUGAAAAUGGAUUUCCCAGCAUUCUUUGCUUGACCAUUGUUUGAUAUUCAAUAGAUUACUUUUUGAACGAGAUUCGUCUCGUCUCCGAGUCAUAAUAGAGCAACCACAGCAACGGCGUCUUAGAGCAAUGAUCUUUAUGUCAGGAAUUAAAGUAAAUGAGGCAUAUCCAUGAGACUUAGAGUAAAACAAAACAAGUAAAUCUGAGUGGAUUCACCAAAACAUACCACCCCCCCCCUCCACACACACACACACACAACAGCCGCAAGGCAUGAGCCUUACUAUCAAUAUGGGGGACGGUCCAAAACAACAAUAGGCUAAAAAGACCUCUCCAAAGAUGUCCACUUUUUACUCCUUGACUGAUGAGUCAAAAGCCUUCCCUUCCCACCCCUAAACUUUUGAUAUAGAUCCACUUGCAAUCCACGCUCAAAUGGGCCAUUGACUAGGCUGCAUGUAGGUACUAGCUUUGCGUUUUAAUAAGAGAAAUAGAGAUCUGCCACUAUCCAUCUCCACAUCGUUGAAUAAUUGUUAAUCAUCGGGUAUUGUGGGGCUAAAAUGUAUUAUAGUUCGCUCUCAAGCGCGCAUGAUUAUUCAACCUGUUUGCCCUCAUUUUGUCUUUCAGUUUUUACUUUGCCAAUGCCCUCAUAAGUGAUAAUUAUAGCAAUAUAGUUUAAAAAUACUACUAGUUCAAUAAUAGUAUAUAUUCGCUUUGUCAAAGGGCUAACGCUAGAAACGUUAGCUUUGAAGCUCUUUACAGUGGCCAAUUUACAUCACCAACUCAGUUGAUAAAACCAAAAUUAUCUUGUUAUACUCCCUCUCAGACGCAGCACAACAGUUUUCUUUAGAAACUUACCCCUUCAUGUUAUUAUGGUCCGACUCUGAGGGGGGCCAAAACAUAUUUAUGCAGGCUAAAACAAACUAUAUUAUCAUAUGAAACGAAAACGUCACUGCCAGUAGAAAAAUUUGAGGCACGCGGUAUUUAGCAUGAGAACUGUACGCUGACAUUGAUGCAGAUUAAGUUCAUUAUCAUUUGUGAUAACUUUAUGGAGGAAGGAAAACACUUCAAAGAGAUUACAACAACGAAGAAUUUAAUCUCCACGCUGAGGUGCACCUCUUACAACUAAAAAAACAGAACAAUUGUAAAAUAUAAAAUUGAAUCUGUGGGGAACAAAUGUAGGCUAAGAAUGAAAUCAUUUAAUUGAAACAAAGUAAUUAAUCUGGUGGUCAUAUUAACACGUAGCGUCGUAGGCGGAGUGACGUUCGUAUUGUAUUGUAAUAAAUUGUGUCAUCUCAUGCUAAUUUGAGGUUUGUUGAAAUAAGUUCCAGUUCAUUUCUCUACAAAUAUUAAUUACUAUGCCGGAAACGUAAAAUGUUGUAACUCAGUGCAAUCUUAAAGAUAGACCUUUCCAUUGGGUAUGGUGAGGCUGCACGAUGAAUUCCACGACGACGUUCGAGUACACCGACUCGCCUUUCUUGGGUCGACAUAACACAGCAGUCAGCAAAGCGGACUUACUUGAAGGUGACUUCGAACUCACGCAGUUCAAGUUAGCGGCCCCAUCAGAUCGCACGCAAGAAAUCCGCGAAAUCAUCCAAGACGGGAAAGUAGCCGAAUUGAAAGAUUAUCUGUCGGAGAAUAAGAACGUUAAGCUGAUAAACGAUUUGGAUGAUCAUGGUUUCUCUCUGCUACAUGUAUCAGCGCGAUGGAAUCGAGUCGAGAUGACACGAAUAUUGAUCGAUCAUGGAGCUGAAGUCGACAUUCGUUUAAAAAACUCAUCAACACCCUUACAUGUUGCCGCGAGGUAAGAAAAAGUAUUGUGAUUGAUUUGAAGAACAGGUGAUAUUAUUGAUUCGAAUUGUUUGAACAGUUUGAAUUGCAAUUCAUGUAGAUUUGAUCUUAGUUAUUAUUAGAGAGCACCUUUCACGGGUGAACUUUUGAUUCAUUUUCAUAACAGUGACAAAACCUAUCAGUCCCGAAGCAGAUUUUUUAGAAGUAGAAAGGGAUCCGUCUUCGGAAAGUAUCUGAGGAUAAAUCUUUUUUCCAUUAGUAGAGCUCAGUCGUGACUCAGAGCGAUAUCUACAAUGACUAUCUUAAAGAACCCAGGCAUGAAUGAAAACAGAAUGGUUCUCUUAACAACAUUCUUUUAUUAUGUUGAUUUUUUUCAUCCUAAAAACCGUUUAUUAAAACAUGUUCCGUAGUAAUUAAGUACUAUAAAGGGUGAGAGUGCCAUCCACAGUCUAAUUUACUUCUCAUUACUAUUCAAAGCCAAGUUAAUUUGUCAGCGAACGCAGAGUACUCCCAACAUUUUCCUGUAUGCCUUACAUAGAUUGAGGGUCACGUCACCUAAAUUAAGAAUAACAUACACUUAAUUAAUGAAUCAUUCACAAUUGUUUUGGAAUGAUCCAAAAACAAAAGAAAAAUAAAUGAAAUUAAUAAAAAUCUGAGUUCUCCAGAAUGAUUCGAAUCGUUGGGUCACUUCCGAUUUCUUCAAAUCGGAAUCUAACAAAAUAAAAAAUAUGGAUCAGAAAUCGCAUGAUCAUAACUUCAUUUCAUUACACUGAUGUUUUUAGACGUUCUCAUAAUACGAGCCAUAGAUAAGUGCAAUUUUAGAACCUUACAAAACUUAAUAAGUAACCACGUGAAAACAAUUUUUUGCAUGGCUACCUAUCCUCCAAAUUCCACUCGUGCUUCUGUGAAGCGACGUAAACAUAGGAAGUGUCCUUCAAUAUAGCUCAUACUGGUUUCUCCUUCAUAAAUGGCCAUUUGUAGGUUUAACUGCCCUGAAGUUGCUGAAGUUCUCCUCAGUUCUGGCGCCCGCCCAUCACUAGUUGACUCUUUGAACAACAACGCCCUGCAUCACGCAGUGCGAAGACGCAAUAAAGAAAUGGUGUACAUGCUGGUGCGAGACACAGAUAUCGACGUAAACGCCAAGACACAGGUUGGGCUGACUGCCUUGCAUCUAGUCUGCAUCAACGGUGAUAAAGAAAUUUGCCAAACCUUGCUGCGUCACGGGGCGGACAUUACAGCGAAGACCGCUGAACUUAGCACCCCAUUGCAGGUUGCUAUAUUCAGUUGUAACACAAGUCUUGCGGAGAUGCUGAUUAAACAAGGUUGGCUUGGAACCCUUUUUUCGUUAUGUAGCAAUUUUAGACUGCGUGUAGAUAGAAGCCUAAAGUAAAGUUUCCAGUUUGGUGCUCUGUAACGCCGUUUUGUGAGAAGUCAUAUUAAGCAAAGCUUUUCCCACAAACAAGCUACAGGAAAUUAUUUUGAAGAAGUAUGUUCAUAGACCUUUUGAAUGAAUUUUUCUUUGAUAAUCGUCUUGAGUGCAAGCGAGAUAAGAGCCGUAGGGGAUUUAUACAAUCUCUCAAAGGCAUUUCCCUUCCAAUAUUGGAAAGGCGGAAGAGCCGUGAGGACGAAGUUUAUCACGUUUUCCAUCCCCUUUAAAUCAGAGAGUAUCUCAGACCACUAUACACACACAAGGAUCCACAAGGAUCACAGUCACCUUAUUAUGGCAUUUUUGUCCUUUUUAGCUUCAUCGCAACUCCUUGAUGUUAAAGAAUUUCUCAAUGAGCCUGAUGUGGACCAGGAUUGCGCUUUGCAUUUGGCGGCGGAAAGUAGAAACGUGAAGUCGGUGGAACUGUGUUUAAAAUACGGUGCUAACGUCAACGCUCAGAGAAGUAGCUUGAUGACACCCCUUCAUAUUGCAUCAAUGAGAGGUGACCUAGAAAUAGUGAAAAUUCUGUGUGGAAAAGGAGCUGACAUACACAUAAAAGACAACGAGAAGAAAACUUCAUUACAUAGGUAGGAUACUCGAGUGACGCACCGCGUCCUACCAAAACUUUCGUCAAGCAUGGUAUUGAUUACGUCGUCCUCAAACAGCAUAUUCUCUUCAUCUCAAGAAAAAAUAACUUGAUCUGUAAAAAGGUGGUACUCGACACGCGCAAUCGUUUAUCUAACUGAGACCAAUUGUAAUAACGUGUUGAAAUUUCCUUUGCCUUCCCGUGUGACUAUGUUCUCCUUUUUUCAACUGUUUUACUUCUUUACCUCCAUAACCCAUGCGUAUUCAUAAGCCUUUCAUUACUUAGGCUAAAAAUUAAAAAGUGGAAUGCUCUUUUCUUACGCAUGUGUAUCCCUUUAUCGUAACACAGGGCAGCCUAUGAGAAUCGUACCGAGGUUAUUGAGUUCCUCAUCAGUUUGGGCGCCCCACUUGACAGUAAAGCCAAUGACAGUCGCACGCCUUUCCUAGAGGCAGUGGUUGCUGGCAGUGUGGAAAGCGCUCGGCUCCUCCUCGAUUCUGGUGCAGACGCGUUCGCUAACACGUCAGAAAUGAAGAACUGCCUACAUCUGGCGGUCGACAAUGGCCAUUUGGAAAUGGUACAACUUCUUCUGGAGAAUAAGAAAGCUAAAGAAAAUCUAUACAAGUCAGACACAUUUGAACGAGUUCCUCUUCACAAUGCAGCUAUUUAUCCUGAUAUUAAGGUAUUCUGGUUCGGUUAAAGUCCAGUGACUAACAAUAAAAGCUGUUUACAAGAUCCUUAAGAGACUCGCAAGUUUGAGAAAGGCAGCGAGCAUGAUUUCCUGUUCUGCUUAUUUUCGGCGCUAAUUUGUCCACCCAUCCUGGUUCCAGAGAUCUCAUUACAUCUCAGUUCAACCAAAGUGGAUGAACUUAAGUCAUCGAAAAGUUUACUAUGAGAGAGGGCAAGUUUUCAUCAAAAAUUGCCCACCCUUUUCCACUCUUCUCGCUUCGUGAUCUAAAUAUGCUAUAACUAAAAAGAAAAUAAAUAUUGAUCCUACUUUUUAGGUACGGUUCACAUCAAAUUAACAGCCUAAGUAAAAUAUACGAUAUAACUGCUUCUUCACUCAAUUGCAUUUUAGACCAUCAUUGAGAAAAUGUUUAUAACGUUUUCAGAUUCUGGAACUCCUAUUAACCAAGUAUUCCCGAGCGUGUUUUCAAGACCAACUUCAGCAGACACCACUUCAUCUUUCUGCUCAAAGCGGCCGAUUCGCACAUAUCGAGGCCUUGGGUAGAGCCAUGGCCGGCAUCAAUGAAAGAGAUGAUGAUGGAAUGACACCCAUUCACUUAGCGGCAAUGAAAGGAAACAGGUAAAAACGACCCUGAACAAUCGUCUUUGCAAUGGCUUAAUUCAAGAAGACAAGAAGAACUACAGCGAAAGUAAGGUUAAUGAUAUUCGUUUAGAGUGAUGAUGACCAUUAUAUCGGUCUGGAGGUAAACAAUCUAGUAGCUUAUUUUUUGUCUUGGUUAUUUAGAGAUGAUGGGCCAGUCUUUUCUUAUUCAUGGCCAGUAAAUGUUUUCCUCGCUUGCCAGCAAACUGGCGGGGAAGGUCAAUAAUUCCACCAAAUGACUACGUGAAGAUGAUUAGUUUUAAUAUGGAAACGCGAUCGAGUUCUUUCUAAUUUGUAUAAAAGCUACUCGUACAAGCAUUCACGUGACGUUUUAUGGCUGAAUUUUCGGACCAUGGUUUGGGAGUUGCUUGUGGAAUGAGAAGUUGAUACUUGUGGCCUUGUAGGUUCCGCGCGUUUGGUAUAGACUUUGAUGCUUUUGUUUCUCCUGUUAAAACAGGAAGGCCUGUCAGGUACUUGUUCGCCUCGGUGCUGAUGUCAACGCGAGGGAUAACGAUCGCUGGUCACCUUUGAUGUGGGCAGCGAGAUCAGGAUGUGAAAAAACCUCCCAGGAGCUCAUAAAAAAGAAAGCUGUUCUUGAUCACUUCAACAAUUCGGGAAACACUCCUUUGCACAUUGCAUCAUCGUAUGGCAAUGUCAGAGUGAUGGAACUGCUGUUAAGUUCUGGUGCCAAGGUGUGCGUGCAAAAUAAUCUGGGGCAGACAUGUCUAGAUGUGGCAGUGCGUUCUGGUGCAGGUGAUGUAGCUCUAAUGAUGGCUCAGCACCGAAGGUUGGUAGUAACAUCCGCAGGCAAUCACCUUUCGUAAGAUACUAAAUAUGCCUUAUCACAAGGAACAUGAUCAUGGUGGCAGGCGUAGUGACUACAAUAAAGAAAAAAAGAUGGAAACGUUUUUCUAACUCUCUCCAUUACUAUUUUUCACCAGAUGGCGAGAAAUUCUGGAUUGUCGCAGCCCAAACCACAACUCACCCAUGAAAAUAUUGAUAGAACAUUUCCCUGAGGCUGCCAGUCUUGUCAUGGAUCAUUGUAUCAAACGCUCGUCUCACAUUCGAACAGAUCCGAACUACACAGAGUCUUACGAUUUCCAUCUUCUCGACCCGGGUCCUGAUGACGAGGCAGACCUAAAUGGAAACCGUUUCUUCGGUCCCAAGACGAUGGUAAAAUUUAACCGUGAAGAUCUUCUUCUGCAUCCCCUAACGCAGAAACUAUUAGAUGUAAAAUGGGCUUCAUUCGGAAGAUAUAUAUACUACUUCAAUCUCAUAGCCUAUUUGGUAUUCCUGAUAACGUAUACCAUAUUCAUUGUCACGGAAAGAGAAGCUCAAGAUUUCAAUCCACGUAAAAGCGAGAAUGGAACUGAGAAAGUGAAAGCGUCAGAGAUUUUUACCAGGGCAACUGCUUUUAAUGGGGCGGUGUUGUUCGUCGCUUUGAUAUUUGCAGCUGUCCACAUUGCCAAAGAAAUUUUUCAGCUCUUCGUCCAAAGGCGUCGUUACUUCACCGACGCUUCAAACAUGACAGAAUGGGCUCUGUACUUGUCAACACUCCUUUUCAUAUUGCCUUACUUAUUGAGACCCGAAGAAUUAAACGAAUCUCUCGGCAGCUUCAAAAAUCCACGGAAUUUAUGGAUUGCUGGAAUUAUCUCCAUCUUCCUGUGCUACGUUAAUGUGAUUUUAUUCCUUAGACGAUUUCAGCCUUUUGGAAUUUACGUUUCUAUGUUUUUAGAGGUCUUCAAGACAGUGGCAAGAGUGUUUGUGGUCUUCUUCAUAUUCAUCAUUGCAUUCGCCAUAGUCUUCUUUAUCCUCUUUAAAGAGCAGGUACAAGACAUAAAGCUUGUUCGAGGUUAAAAAACUGAAAGGGUAAAUGCCAUGCAUUACCUUUCUAUAGGUUACAAUUCCGGAUCAGUCAAGUCAGUGGCUCGAGUUUCAAAACAAGUCACAUAUAGAUAAAUGUAGCAAAGCCAAAGCUAUAAUUGAAUACUUCAUGAUUCAAAACCAAUCCUAUUUAAAUUGCAUUGCAGGAAUCGUUUAGUACACUUGGGUUGUCCAUCGUCAAAGUGUCCGUUAUGAUGGUGGGGGAGUUUGAGUACGAUACUGCGUUCAUAAGUAGCAUCGACGCCAGUAAUGACAAAACAAAAAAUCCUCUGAAUCCAUUUCCAGAGAUAGCACUCAUCUUCAUGUUCGCCUUUCUCUUCCUAAUGGCGAUUAUACUUAUGAACCUCCUGGUAAGAAAGUAGUGCUCUGUAAUCUCUUAAUAGUGCAGACCAUGUUUUAACGCCGUCCAACUUUUCUGAAGACCCUUAUUUGCCAAAAAUCUUUGACUCUCGAAGCGGAAUACACGGUUGUCUAUGAUCCAGCCGCCUGAAUUCCAGAUCAGUAUGUCCAGGUUCGAGUUCUGACCGGAUCAUGGUGGCUUGCUCUCAGGAAAGACUACGUUAAAGAUGUGUUAUCCCUCUCAGUCAAGUUAUCGAAUUGCUGGACUACGAUUGAACUACAAUUGAAGCUUCUUUAUCACUCUUUAUCCUACAGACAUUAAAAUAAGCGUCUUCUUUAACGACUCGACAUGUUUGUCAAGCUUAUCCCUUUAACUCCCAGAAGUGACUUAUAUGUCGUUUCUCCCUACAAUUUCCACACUACUUUUUGCAACCGGUUAAUGAUAAAAGUCAUACUUAUCCGGUAGAAGUUGCUAUCUUGAGCUUUCACCAAAUUUCACAACUAAUUUACAAGGAAUUAUGUAGCUGCAAGAGGGGAGAAUUAACCAUCAGAUCUUGGGAGUUAAAGGGUUAACCCUUGAUUGAGAACUUCUUUCAUUUGUCUCUCAGGUUGGUUUAGCGGUGGGUGAUAUCGAAUCUGUGCAAAGGACCGCCACCCUUCAGCGCAUGGCAAUGCAGGUUUCCUUUGUGGCCGAAGUCGAAAACAAGUACCCAAGAUUUAUUACGCGCAGAAUUUACAAGCCAUCAUUGGAGAUAAAACCAAACGUAUAUAGAGGCAAAUUUAAGUUAGUCAUUCGUUAUGUUUCAUUUUAUCACUUGCACAAAAAAUUUCCUCCAGAGUUGUUUAACUGUGUGAUCAUGACAAAACAUUUUCUUUCUUUCUUUCCUUGUUUAUCAGGAGAUUUCACGCCUGGUUGAAAGGCCAAGGGAGACUUUUCGACGAAUCAUCAUCCUUAACGUCUUCAGCAGCGAUGACAGAAACGACCAUAUCCGACAUUCAACAGCAAGUAAGCAAGACAAAGAAACGUGUGAAGACCUUGAUACGAACAGUGGAACUUCAAAAUCGACUGUUAGCGACCAUCGCCAGACAAAUGAAUCUAACUGUCGAAAUGGACGACUUGAAUGUUGGGCACUGGGUAAAGCCGCAAUCGACAUAUGACGAGAAAAGUGAGGAGGAAAAAGACGACACUGUAUAUCAUUUGGCAAGACUGUAGCCUGUCAAGCGCUUUGCUAGUGAUGAAUAAAUCAGUGCUUCAAAAUAAUCGUUUUAAUGCUCUAAUCCACCUGCACGGAAUUGACACAUUUCCCGAUUCUGAAAGGUGGUAGUUUAUUUAGCCUGGUGCAAACAGCGGAUGAGAGAUAGGUCUGAUUUAGAAAGCCUUCCCCCAAUUUUGAGAC